UGGACCCUUCCUUCCUUCUCUUUCCUUCCUUUGUCCCUCCCUCCCUUCUUGCUUCCUUUCCCGGGGAUCUCUUCUAGGGCUUCUCCUACGCUAAAAUUACCUUGCCUUCCUUCUGUAUAGAUUUUGUCUUUAUAGGUAGUUUCCCUCUAAAGGAUGUAAUUUCUUCAUUGCAGACACUAAGUAUUUCAUUUGAUUUUUGUGUCUCCAGCACUUAGCUCAAAGCGUGGGAUGUGAUAGAUACUUAGACUCAUUGAUUGCUGAUGUUUGAUUUCAGGAUUAGAGGAUCCUAUUGGGAGACUUGACAUAAGGCUGAGAAAGGGAAGAAGGGUCAUCUCAAUGUUUUUUUCCCCAACAAUCAAGAUGGAAGAAGUGGAAUUCAGUUAACUGUUCCCUGUCAAUAUAGAGGAUGAGCGUCUGGGCCAAGGGGAGAGAGUGCUGGCGGCAUGAGAAUGAUCAGGAGGGGAGGGAAGAAAUUAAAGAGAGGAAGAAGGUGGAAAAUAGGAGAAUAGAAGUAAUGGAGAUUUCAGGUGUGAUUGAAGAAAGAAGAAAAGGGAGGUGUGGAGAAAGGAGAAGAUGAAAUUAAGUGGGUCAGGCUUUGACUAGAUAUUUUAUCAGCAGAAGGAAAACAUCCCAUGUAGAGGAUGAUUUGAUUGCUGUGUUUUAUCAAAAUCACCAGAGUCUUUGCUGAGUAGAGAGCAGGGAUGGAAGUUCCUUUUUUUUUUUUUUUUUUUAUGAAUGAUAAUCUGCAAGAAGCAGAUCUGGUGACAUGCACCGCAGAAGGGAUGAGAAUUUUGUUUCAUCAAAUAACCCGAAUGGGCCAUGAUCAAAAGAUCACCCCAUAGUCAUUCAGAGAGUUUGAGGCUGACCCAUGCCCUCUACAUAUGGAUGCCCACUCCCUCUGGGACCUGAUAUUCAGGUACCCUGGAUCAGGGAAGAAAGAAGAAAUAGAUCCUACAGAAGGGCCAAGACAACAAAUAAAUGCAAGAAACAGGAAAAAGCUCCAAGAAGGGAAAGAUGAAAGAAAUAAGUACCGAGAACGAAUGAAAGAGAAAUUCCAGCUCAUGAAGGAGAGGAACUCUCGUCCUGGGGAGCAUGAGCUCUUUCACCACCGAUUCACAGAGCUGCUGCUUCUUCGAGGUUAUCGUUACAAGGAACAGAAACAUCAUGAGCUCCUUGUCCAUGGAGGGAAACAUGCUAAGGUCAUGCAGGAGCGAGGGCAGCUUAUAGAGACAGUAUCUUUAUUUGAUCCUUUUAAGGAGACAGGUAUCCAACCACGCACUGUUGUGCUGCAGGGGGCUGCUGGUAUUGGGAAGACCACCCUGGCCAGCAAGGUGAUAUUGGACUGGGCAGAAGGAAACCUCUUCCAGGAGAGGUUCGACUAUGUUUUCUAUCUCACCUGCAGAGAACUGAACCCACUAGGAGAGAGAGAAAUCAGUUUUGCUGAUUUAAUUGCCAAUGACUGGCCUGGCCCCCAGGCUCCCAUGGCAGAGAUCAUGUCCCAGCCAGAGAGACUUCUGUUCAUCAUUGAUGGUUUAGAUGAACUGAAAUUCCCUUGUAACGAGCACAGAUAUGAUCUAUGCAAAGACUGGAAGCAGCAGAGGCCAGUGCCCAUCCUACUCAGCAGCUUACUGAGGAAAACCUUGCUCCCUGAAGCCUGCUUGCUGCUCACAACAAGACUCACUGCUCUGGGGAAAUUUAGUCCUUUGUUAGAGAGUCCACGUCAUGUGGAGAUCCUGGGCUUCUCGGUGCAGCAGAGGAAGGAAUAUUUCUGCAAAUUUUUCAGAGAUAAACAUUUGGGUGGAAAAGCCUUUUAUGUAGUAAAAGGCAAUGACACACUAUUCACUAUGUGCUGUGUUCCCCUGAUGAACUGGAUUGUCUGCACUUGCCUGAAACAGCAGAUGGAGAAAGGACAAGAUCCUGUCCAGGCUUUGAAAACCACCACUGCCCUCUACAUGUGUUAUCUUUCCAAUUUAAUCAUCCCUGAUGACAAGAACUUCAUCCCUCAGCACUUGAGGGGUCUGUGUCGCUUGGCUGCUGAGGGGAUCUGGGACAGGAAACUGCUGUUUGAGGAAGAGGACCUCAGGAGGAAUAACUUGGAGGUGGCUGAUGUCUCUGCUUUCUUAGACAUGAACAUUUUCCAGAAAGACAGUGACUGUGAACACUGCUACAGCUUCAUUCACUUGAGUUUCCAAGAGUUUUUUGCUGCCAUGUUCUAUGUGAUGAGCACAGAGAAAGAAGGGAUGAAGAGUUCUGAUGCCUCCAUCACAGGUGUCAGAGAACUUCUGGAGGAGUGUAGCGGGCUUAAUGCCAGCUUUGUGGUUCUGGUGGUCCGCUUCCUGUUUGGCUUCCUAAAUGUAGAGACAGCAAGGGAGCUGGAGAGAAAAUUCAGAUGCAGAAUGUCACCGGAAAUCAAGUCACAGUUACUGCAGUGGGCUCAGGGAGAAUCCAAAAUAAAUGAACAAAACGAUUUUUCUAUGAUUUAUCUCCAAGAAUUUUAUUCUCACUUAUGUGAGACUCAAAAUGCUGAGUUUGUAACACAGGUGCUAGAUAACAUCCAGGAAAUUAAAGUACAUGUUUACAACCAGUAUGAGGCCCUGAAUGUAACUUUCUGCAUUAAGCACUGUUAUAGGGCAAGAAAAAUAUACUUUUUUUCUGAGUUUGGUUUACCUGCUGGCAUUUGGCAAGAGCUUUUUUCCAUGGUCAACAAGAAUCCAAACCUGAAGGAGUUAAUGCUGGGCAGCAAAGAAUUUGAUGAUUCAUGUAUGGAAAACCUUUGUAAGGAACUAAACCAUCCAAACUGUAAACUGGAAAAACUGACGUUGGCACACUUCAAGGUAACUUACUCCUCUUGUCAGCAUCUCUUCUCUGCUCCCAGUCUGAAAAGCCUCGAGUUGAAAGGUGAAAUUGUUAAGGAUGAUAUGAAACUUCCACGUGAGACCUUGAGAAAAAAGAACUCUCAGCUGCAGGUACUAAGAAUAUCUGAUCUUACAGGUUUUGCUGUUAAUGUUCUGGAUUUUUUCUUUGCUGAGAACCUGAAAAGCUUAUACCUGUUUGAUACUGACAUUCACGAGGAUGCAGUAGAGCUUCUGCAUAAUGUCUUGGCAAAGCAGGAUUGCAAGCUACAAACAAUCAGUUUGGUGGCUUGUCUAAAUUACUGUACAGUUUGCUAUAAGCUCUUCUCUGUUCUUGGUAGCAGUAAGAACCUGAAGAACUUAGAUCUCAGUGAUAAAAUCUUUGAGGAUGAGGAAAUAGAAAGUCUGUGCAAGACUGUGGAAAACCAAGUUUGGAAAUUGGAGACGCUGAGGAUGUCUCAGUGUGGCCUCACUAUUGAUCAUCUUCGGAGUCUCCUACCUUUUUUCUGUAGCAUUAAGAACCUAAAAAUGUUGGACCUGAGUGAAAAUCUUUUUGGUGAAAAUGGAAUUAAUCUAUUGUGUGAAGCCUUGGAAAAGCAGAAUUGUAACCUACAAAUAUUAAACUUGUGGCAUCAAACCCUAAAAAAGACAAUGACCAGCCUAAAUUCAAGAAAAUCUUUUCGCAUCACUUGGAACGAUUAUCAUACGGCUACGAAAGAGCUCUUCAACUGGGAUGCUGAAGACACACUAGCUCUGGAUUGCUCCAAUGGGUACAUCUUUUUAUACUAGUUACUUUAGCUUUACCAGCAUUAAUUUUCUUAUCCUUAAUAUGAGAUGGUCUCUAAGGAAAUCCUCCUACCCAGACCAUGGGCUGCCUGGAAUUGGAAACCUCCUGCAUUUCAGAGUCCUCCCUACUGUGAUUAAUAUCUAAUAUCUAAAAAGUCUCUUCUACUGACCUUUCCCUUAUUGAACAAAGAAGAAACACAAAGGACCACUCUUGCCACUGAAGAGUAGAGAAAAUCCAACAUCCCCAGUCACAGGUGCCUGAGAUUGGAGGCCUCCACUGCAGAGACCUCUGGAGUAACAUUCUGAAGGACCUUCCUGCCUUUGGUCUGAUCUGUACAAUAUUCUGAUCAAUAGUUGCCCCUCUAGUCUUAUGGCAACAGAUUCCUGCCUCCCACUCCCAUUAUUCCUGUCUUUCAGAUUCAUUCUGCUGAGUUGGAUCCCUCUUCCUAGGAGAGACUUCAUUUUCAGCCCCUCCCAGGAUGCCUCCUGGCCCUGCCCCAUUCAGUUUCUGUCCACCUCUGCCCUUUCUUUAUGCAUCAGCCUCUGGGAUGUGAUACCAAAUUCUUUGUCUCAGAUAUCUUCCUUUCGUGGUCUCUGUUUUCCAGCCCUCACAGAAAAUGGACUUUCUUCCUAAAGAUAUUUCAUUCCCCAACUUCCUCUCCAGUGCUGGAUGGUCCUUCUCUCCCACUCUGUAGCUCCCAGAGUUGCUGUUUUUCUGACCUUCCCUCAGAAGCCUCCCUCCUUGAGGGUCACCUCCCCCAUGUAACCCACUGCCUUGUGGGGGGGUCACCUGUAAGUCUCUUGGAAAACCAAAGGGAGACCAAGACUUCAGGGGACUUGGCAAGGCCAGUUUCACAGCUGAUAACCCCUAUCUAAGCUCUUUCAGAUUAUUUACUGAAAAUAUAACAGUCAACAUGACCAAAGUGAGUUUUGUGACCAGAUACUUUUAAAAAUGAAAACAAAUUGUGGCAGCUCUUUUUCUAGUGGCAAGAAACUGGA